GGAUCCCCGCAGAAGAAAAGAAGGCAUUCAUUUCUUAUCUAUACAGGUAUUUCAAGAAGUAGGCAGAUAUGAAUAUUGUUGCGAAAAACCUUCUCUUUUUACUAGGCCUUUACUCCGUCACCACAAGGUGUGUUCAAGGUUUGACGUGCCUGAGAUGUUCUGACGUUACUGAACCCAGACUCUGUGAUAAAAUAGAACACUGUAAUGAUGGAGAGGUGUGCGCAGUACAACAGUACCGAGCAGAUAACGGAGACAUUGGAUACUGGACUGGAUGUUAUCCCAAACAGGAAUGUACAGCUGUGGAUAAUAGAACAGUUGUGACCAAGAAACGAAGUCAGUACAUAGAUGGCGUGGUCCAGUGUCGAGACUGCUGUACAUCAGAUAUAUGUAACGCCUACGGAUGUGGGUCCCCAAAAUACCCCGACACCAGAGGGCCUAUUUGUUUUGAUUGUGAGGACGUGACGGAUCCAGCUGAUUGUCAUAACAUUACCCCGUGUAGUCUCAACCAAAAAUGUUUCAUAUUUGAAAGAAGAGUUUUUGGACAGAGAUAUUUCACGUCCAAAUGUGAAUCACUGAUGGGUUGUCUUCCGCACUUUACGGGACCAGUCGUCGGCAGGAAGCGUGAUUUAUCAGGACUGUGUAUCCACUGCUGUGACGGUGAUCUCUGUAAUGCCGACUGCUCUUCAGCAUCAAAUGCCACCGUCACCAAGCCAAGCAGUCCUAGUAUGCCUGACCACGUUGCCUUCCAUGCAAUAGCUUACAGUUACGCCAAUCCUGGGGUUAUAAUAUUUGAUCAUGUGGUAACAAAUAUUGGAAGCGGAUACGACAACAGCUCUGGAAUUUUUAAAGCACCAGCAUCAGGAUUGUAUGUGUUUUCUUGGAGCAUUGAGACUUAUGGAAGGUUGACAGAGGGCGUUCUUCUAUUGAACGGAAAUGAGCAGGGAAUGUCGAAGUCCCACCAAUCCUCAUCAUACUACGAUACAACUACCUCUUUUGCCGUCCUUAACCUUACGGUAAACGAUAAAGUCUGGGUCAGAGUAAAAAGCGGGCGAGCAGAGGCGACGCAUACCAUGUUUUCCGGAUGGAUGAUAAAUUCAACAGACAAUUCAGCAUUUUACACUUCUCUUUCGCAUGAUGUAACUGGUUCUCACAUAUUCUUCAACAAAAAAAUCCUAGACACAGAAAAUACUUACUCCACAUCUAGCGGGAACUUCGUGGCGCCUCGUUCUGGACUUUACGUUUUUAUGACGUCGGGACUUAUCUAUGGAAGUUACGAGUUCAGUUGCAAGUUUCACUACAGCAACAGUCUUUCUCAGCCAGAUGUUUGGGUGGACUCGAGCAGCGGACAGUACGACAGCAGCAGUUAUAUGUCAUUUGCCUGGCUGAACUCUGGUGACUCUUUGUAUGUAUAUGGAAGUAGAAUGGUUACAACCUCCAUGUUCGCAGGGUGGCAGCUGACUGGCGAAAGAGGCGUGUCAAAGUCAACAUAUCCAGCUUUCCUUGCAAAUCUAGGCAGUGACACUUCCAGAACUCCAAUAGUGUAUCGUACAACUUAUGGUGGAUAUAGCCACGGCUACUCAACAAGCACAGGAAUAUUCACUGCCGAUCGUGCUGGAUUGUACUUGUUUUUGUAUAAUACAGAAGGCGACAGCCAGCUCGUACGUACUGCGCUGAGAGUCAACGGCGUUGAAAUAUUCGAAACGAGAGCAGACGGUCGCCAUUCCGGUUAUGACGACACUGCCGCUGUCACGGUGCUUCAGUUAUCUUCAAAUGAUCAGGUCUCCAUAGGAGUUAAAUCUGGGACAGCUGAUAGUGGGCAGACGCUGUUUUUUGGCAUUCUUCUCUAUGAAAUUUGACUUUAAUUUUACAGUUUCAAUAUGUUCUGAGAUUGAAUUAUAAAUUCAUGAAACUUUGA